AUGGCUGUUUGGAGUGCAGGGCCCGGCGAAUCAAGUCGCAACCUGGCAUGCGAGUAUAUACCCCCCACCUCCUCGCUGCCAUGGCGGCCCAAAAUCAAGUCCCGUUCAUCAACACAGUCUCAUCCCCCUUCAGCCAAAGCAUCGCCCUCUGUUGCUGUUGACCCUGCUUUCCUGGCCCAGUACGAGGAUUUCAUGGAGACCUCCCUCACUGUGCCUCCCGCCAAGGAGCUCAAUAUCGAGGACCUUGAAUUGAUGGUGCAGUGGUGUACCAAAACAUAUCGCUCCGUCUCCCGCAAUGGCACUGUCGAAAGUAUAUGGCAGGCUGUCGUACCCAGGGAAGCAACGAGCCAUCCAUUUCUGAUGCAUGGCAUCCUCGCCCUCUCCGCGCUUCACCUUGCGGUGACUAGCGAUGACGACUUGAGAGACCAAUAUAUAGAGGUCUCCAAAGCGCACCAGCGCCAGGCUAUGGUUGGCCUGGGUAAAAUAUCAGGGAAGCUCAAAUCACACCACUACAAUGCGGCGUUUACACUAUCCAACAUCAUGAUGAUAUUUUCCUUUGCCCUCCCUGAAAUCACGGGCCGAACCGUGAGCCACAGCCCCGUGGACGAGAUACACCAAGUUUUCCUAUCGACCAGGAAGUCGAGGGACGUAUUAUCCAACGUCACCGAUUGCGUGGGAAACGGGGAGCUCAAGAUGCUGCUUCAGUACGACACGGCACAGCCGAAGAUGCCCGAUACGUCGCGGCUAGCGAUCAUGUCCCUGGCCCAGUUGAACGCAAAUUUGGCUCGCAAGGAUCCUCACCACGAAAAGGACGUCUAUGACACUACAAUUAAACAUCUGGGCCACUCUUUGGACAAAGUGUCCAGAGGCGGCGAAACAAUGAUUGUUGCGUUCCAGUGGAUCUUUCAGAUACCGGCCAAGUAUAUGGAGCUGUUUCGAAAACGCGAACCAUUUGCCCUUGUGAUUCUGGCACAUUACGCCGUGAUCAUGCAUUUCCUAAGACGACAUUGGUGGAUGGGCGAAUGGAGUCUCAGACUGGUCCAAGAAAUUGGACAACACUUGGAUCCUAAUUGGCGGAAUUCGAUCACUUGGGUUCUCGAUGCCACGAGCUACUACAUCCCACCAGUGUGA